CCAGAUACGAGUCAAAUAACGAAGUAACAUGGAAAAUAUGGAUGCUAUAAUAAAAUCAUGUGUUAUCGUAUAUCUCGUAGGGGCGUUCUGAGUAUUUCAGAUAGUCACGUUAACUGUGGCAGGCAACGUUAGUUGAAUAGCUGCGUUAGAUGUCUUUGCAUGCGUGAUCAGAUUGGUUCUGUUUACUGACAUUGCCUUAAAGUAAUGCUUUUUUAUGUCUGUAAUUUUGAAUUGAAUUUAUUUUAAUUAAUUAAGCAGAUAUGCUGAUUCUGUUUCAUACCCUACAUAGUAAAAGAGAGGACAGCCUCGAGACUAUACACCCACUCUGGACUGAGUGAUUUUAGCUAAAAUGACCAGCUCGCAGUACCUGUGAGUCUUCAAUCCCGUGUCUCAAGAACUGUUUGAUGUUUCACAGGUUCUCAGCAUAAAUACCCAUCUUCUAGUUGUGUCCCUUGACAUAACCUCAGAGUGGCAGCACAAUGAGUGGUCAAAACCGCAAAGAAAAGAAUGGCCUCAACAGUCUGUCUAAUAGAGAUAUAAUUGAGCUACCAGAUAAUCUUUCUCUAAGCGACUCUGACGAGCCUAUUGAGCAUUUCGGCAGAAAAGCUGAGGACUUGUCAUCAUCCUCAGAGGAUGAAAUCGAGACUCCGCAGCAUGUCCAGUCUGUUCCUCAAGAAAAUCCCACCUUCAGAUUGACAGGUGGGAGCUCUGGUUUCUGUGAUCGGAGCAGGGACAUCUUUGCACAGUUGGAUAGUGCUGCAAAGCUCACGUCUAAAGAUCUAGGUGAAGACAACAUCCUCGAUGGCACGUUUGCCCGUCCUGCUCCACCAUCACCUCCACAACAUGCAGCUAAAAGGAAGUGUGGUCAAGAGACAACCAAAGAACAAUCUCCAGGUAAAAAACUCCCAGACGACCUUGGACACCCUGAGCACUGGACCCACUACAGUCUUGAAGAUGUCGCUGAAACCAGUGAUAGAGACAAUAGUCAGGUUUCUCAUCAGUAUAUACAAGGCCUUCAAGACAGCAGGAGGUCUCAGAAGGAAGCACUUGAAACUUUCAUUCCAGCUUUCAACCAGGAACACGGUAGCAGCAGUGAAAAUAAGAUUGUGUUUGCUAAACCCAAGAUUAAAGAUCAGAGUGGGAGCAAACUUGAUCAUGCUAAGAAGGAAGAAGUUGAACUUCAACACUUGGAUGACAGACAAGAGAUCGAUGAAGGAGAGGAAGCUCCUCUUCAUCACCAACUUAGCUCAUGGGAGAAUAAAGAGAAAAAAAGAAAGUGGGGGACUGAAAAAGAGGACAACAACAAAAAGGUGUCUUGUGUUGUCUUCAGCAGUAGCAAGAAAGUAAAAGUAAAUCACAAACACUUCCGUAAAACACUUGAAGAUGAUGGUGGCACAGAGUGAGCAGUCUGAGCACUUGAAAAUAAAUACUUACUGUUUCAGUGUUCAUGUAUUUCGUGUAAAUUUGCUAUUUUGUAUAAAGUUGUUUGACUGUCCAUGUAUCUUAAUUUUAGUUGUAUAAUCCAUGAAAAGCUCUUGCUGUCAUAUUGUGCAGCCUCCUUCUCAAAGGAUAGUGUAACAAAAUAACCCACAUAUCUAUAGAGUGAAAACCUGUAGCAGUAGCAGUGUUUUAAGUAUGUACACAAUCAUUCUGAGGUACUGUCAUUUUUAUGACAACUUUUCCUGAAUAAAUUUGACUAAGUUGCUGUUUGUAUUUUGAGAUCACAUUAAAUAAGUGUGCCUUGUCUUAAUGUCGGUGAAAAUGUAAAGCUCAGUGUUUUGCAUGGUCACAUGUUGAUUGAUCAUAUAUGUGUGUGUGUGUGUGUGUGUGUGUGUGUGUGUACACACACAUACACAUACAUACAUCUUGUUCCGCUAGACCAACACGUAAAAGUAUAAUUUGCAAAUCUAGCAGGUUAUGAAAGUAUAAAUUCAAUAUGCAGGUGCACCUCAAUAAAUUAAAAUGUCAUGUAAAAGUUAAUUUAUUUCAGUAAUCCAACUCAAAUUGUGAAACUUCUGUAUUAAAUAAAUUCAA